GGCAAUCGUCAGACGCUUGCGUCUGGCACGUUCGAUAACCGCCUUUAGAAAAACAUGUGCAUUGCCGUCCAUUGUAUCAUGCUGUGUUCAGGCAAACGAACUCACUCGCCUUCCACUUCGAUCAAAUUCGCGUUCGUAUUCGUGUCAAUUAUUACACGAGUAUAGCGUUAAUAAAUAAGCACGAAUUUCUUCGAAGUGGGGGACGACAUGCAUUCGUUUGUUUGGUCCGAACACACCAUCACUGCAAAUGCGUCUGACGCAUGCGUGUUGCUGUUGCGUCCGCGUCAGACGUACGCGUCUGGCGUUCGCCUGCGUCAGCAGCAGUCUAGACGUAAACGCAUUGCAGUUAGUUUCAAUAAUAAUACGGACAUACAUGACUGCAAAAUUUCAAUUUUCUUCCGAGGAGGACGAAAAAUUAAUAGAAAAUGUCGCGAAUUACCCUUUCCUUUAUAACAUAUGCGAUGAAAGUUAUAAGAAUCAUGAACUAAAAGAAAACGUUUGGAAAGAAAUAUCAUAUGAAUUGAAAAGAACAGCUGCUGACUGUAAAAAAAGAUGGCGAAAUAUUAGAGAUACAUUUAUGAAAAUAAAACGUGGUAACAAACAUGGCAAGGGGUCGACAGCGAAACCGAAAUCCAAAUGGCCAUUAUUGCAGCAAUUAGGUUUCUUAGACAAUGUAACUUCUGAGAGAAGUAAUAGUAAUAUGGAUGAUUUGCGAGAGGAUUCAGAAAACAGUAUCGAAGAAAAAGUUUCAAUAGAAACAUCAACAAUUGCUCCGACAUCACAUGUACACCUUUUGAGAAAAAGAAAAUUACACCAUACACAAAACACAAAUGUAACGAAAAAAUUCAAACACGAAAUAACUAAAAUUUUAGACUUACUAGAAAAAAGAGCUCUUGAAAGACAAACACUAAUAGAAAAUAUUAAUAAAAUAAUAGUAGAAGAUACCGAUCCAGUUUGUACAUUUUUCAAAAGUAUGGCGAUAACCGUAAAAACAUUUCCAUCACAUUUAAUUGCAGAGGCAAAAUAUCGAGUUUUUGAAAUAAUCAAUGAAUUAGAAAAAAAGCCAUUAGAACAAUAGCGUGUGAUAUAAGUGAAAUAAAAUUAUUUUUAAAUAAUUAAUUUACCUGAAUUUUUUAAAAAUCAAAUGUUUCUUGAGUCCAAUUUAUCAUCAAUAAGAUUUAAAACAAAAUCAAUUUGUUUUUUAUUUAAUUUAAUCGUAAACUUUUAUUUGUAUUUUCUGAAAGAAUUAAAAGAAUUUCCUUAUCUCCUUUAAAAGAUUUCUUUCAUAUUCUCAAUCUAUUAAACUCUCUCUUUUGUGUGUGUGUAUGUGUGUGAGUGUGUGUGUGCGCGCGUGCGUGUACGUGCGUGUGAUUUUCUCUCUUUCUCGCUCUCGCUCUCGCUUUCAUAGAAAAUUCUAUCUGCGAGUGAAUAUUGCGUGUAGCCGAAAAUUUUUAAUGCAUAUAUCGAGAUACAUUUGAUACGUAUAAGAAAUACUACUUUAAUUACAAUGCGAAUAAUAUGUAUCUAUAUACCUGUACGAUACAUUAACUAUAAAACAAAUUAUUAAGUUUAUAGUCAUUAUAUAUUGUCAAUAGGUAUUUAUUUCACCAGUAUCUGAGCAUGAGAACAAAUUUUUGAUAAUGGAUACAAAAAAUGUUUAACCUCAAAAUUCUAAACUAAAAAAUAUCUCUUUUGUCUCACAUUAACGAUUCCUUAUUUUAUUUUAAGUUAUUAUAACUCUAUAUUCUAUUUUAUUACUUUAAUGAACUAUCAAAAUUUUAUCACUGAAAACAAAAACAGAUUGAAUAGAAUGUAACAAUUGAUUUUAGAGUGGAAAUAAUUAUAGAAUAUUCAUUUAUUAAACCACAUUUUUGAAAUAUUGAAGUUGUAUUCAAAAUUUUGUCUUAAUUUCAAAAUGUGCUUUUUUACAUUUAAUAUGUAAAUAUUUUUUGUAUUUAACAUGGUAUCAUUUGUAUGACAAAAAUUGAUUUAUGAUGUCAUUUUACUUAAAAUUAUAGUGAAGUUUAUGCUUAAGAUAUUUUGUACUCAAAUAGUUUGCAAAAGUAGUUUACACUCAAAUUGGGAGGCAGAAUUAAAUUAUUAGAAGAAAUAAAAAUCGCUUAUAAUUUUUAGAUAAAAAGACUGGUCAUUAAUAUAUGGUCUUUGUUCAGAAGUCAGCAGAGAAGUAUAAAAUUCCACGGUGAAAGUGAAGAUUAUAAAAAAUUUCUAUCAAAAAAAAUGAAAUGUGAAACUUUGUUAAAUUUAAAACAUUAAUAAUAAUAAAAAUUCUAAUGAACUUUCAUAACAAUAAAACUUGUACUUAUAUUAAAUAAAAUGAGAAAUGCAAGAACUAAAUUCUUAUAAAUACCAAAGCAUAUCUUGAAUAAUUGUGAUAUAUUUAAGAAGAAAGAGAAAGAGAAAAUAACUUUUGUUUGGUAAUUAUAUCAAUCAAGAAAGCAGCAGAAAAAAAUAUUUUUAAUUAUCUUUUUAAUCCAUACUCUAAAAAUUAUAAUUUCUUUACAUAUAAUAAUAUUACUUUGUUCUAUCAUUUUUUUCUUAUGUUUUUUAAGUUAAGAAAUAA